UAAAAAAAACCCAAAGCAUUGAGUCAAUUCGGUUGUUUGUAUCCUUUUUUUUCUUUUUUUCGUUGUUUGGUGUGUGCGUUUUUUUUCUUCUUCUCCAAAUCAACCAAAAUCAUACGAAUUUGGUUAAUUUUCAUCGGAUUUAGUUAAAACGGGUAAAGAAUUUCGGUCAAAUUGACUAAAAUUGGAGUAAUUUUUUUUCUGGUUGGAUCGAAUCUUUUUUUUACUGUUGUUGUUUUUUCAACGAAAAAAAACCUUAAUUAUGGAUGAUGGUGAUUUUAUGAUAACAUCGAUUGCUGAAAUUGAAACAUCAACAACAACAACAACCGUCGAUCAAAAUCAUCAUUUAAAUAAUCAUCAUGGUUAUAAUAAUGAAACAACAUCGGCUACAAAUAUUUUAAUGAAUUUAUCGGAUGGUAAUACUGAUGAUAACAAUCACAAUCAGAAUCUUGAUGAUCCAAAUGACAAUAUCAUUCAUCAAAAUGAUAAUGAUCAAAGACCAUUAGCUAAACGUAAUCUUUAUGUAAUGGAUAAAAAUCAUGAAAUUGUACCACUUGCAUCAAUUCAUCAAAUAUUAUGUGAUGAAACAUUAAAACAUAAUUAUCAUGGACAAAAAAUUUUAGAACUUUUACAACAAGAUCAUGAAGAAAAUUAUGAUGGUACAAUUGGUGGUGCACGUUUACCAGAUAGAUAUAUCAAUGAAUUUACCCGAAUUGUUUGUGAUUAUUUAGUACGGUUAUUUAGUGAAUAUCCAAUUUGUGAACAAUAUGAUUUAUUUUCACGAAUGAUUGUUGAAGAAUUUCCUCGACUUGGUCCAGAAGAAUUAUGGUUUUGGCGUGCUGAUAUUAAAGCCGGUAUAUUGAAACAUACGGGAAAACUGUGUACACGUUUAGAAAAUCAACGUAAACCAAAUACAUAUAAACGACGACGAUUGCGUAAUAUGGGACCUGAUGGCCAGCCAUUAAUUGAACAAUUUCAACCAAAUCGACCAACAAAAGUUAAAUUACAAUUUUUUAAUCAACAAGGACAAUCAAUUUUUAUUGAAGGUUUAAGUACACCGUUAUCAACAACAAUAACCGAAUCGGCUACAGAAACGAAAAAAAACAAAAAUAGAUCACAGAAAAAUCUAUCAUCAUCAUCAAUGAGAAAUAAUAAUAAUUUUGAAGCAUCGGUUACAAUGUCCGAAUUACAAGAUGAUGAUGAUGAUGAAACAGGAGCAGAUUGUGGUGGUUUUGAUGAUAAUUAUGAUGAUGAUGAUGAUGAUGGCAAUAAUGAUACGAUUCGAGAACAAGAAAUGACAAAUGAUAAUGGUAAAGAUAAAUCAAAUUAUCAUCAUAGAUCAUCAUCAACAACAGCAACAACGACAACAACAAAAAAUGACAACAAAAAUCAUCAAUUUCGUACGAAUAAUAAUGCGAAUAAUAAUAAUAAAUCAUUUGAAUUUCAUAUUAAACGCCCAAUACGACCAUCAACAAAUCAUCCUGAUGAUAAUGAAAACGUUGACAACGACGAAGACGAUGAUGAUAAUGAUGGUUGUUGUGAAAAAUGUGGUCAUCAAACAAAACGUAAAAGUAGUGGACAACAACAACAACAACAAAAAUCCAAAAAGAAACGUAAUGGUGGUCAUAAUGGUUUUAAAAUUGUUGUAUAUUGUUAUCCAAUUGAUUGAUUGAUUUCGAUUUGAUUGAUAGGUUUUUGGUGGGUUGAUUG